AUGACGAAGGGUACCUCCAGUUUCGGAAAGCGCCACAACAAGACGCACACGCUCUGCAGGCGUUGCGGUCAACGAUCCCUCCACAUCCAGAAGCACACCUGCGCCUCAUGCGGCUACCCUGCUGCUAAGACCCGCAAGUUCAACUGGGGUGAGAAGGCCAAGCGCAGGAAGACCACCGGUACCGGCCGCAUGCGAUACCUCAAGACCGUCAACCGCAAGUUCAGCAACGGAUUCCAAACUGGCACACCCAAGGGUGCCAAGGGCCCCACCGUCAAGUCCUCGUAA